AGUGCGUAAUCGUCCUUAGAGUUUACUAUGUUUUUGUAGAGCUACAACCUAGAGACUUGUGAUGAGCGGACAAACAGACAGACAGACAGACAGCAGAGUGGCUCCGUUUUUACCCUUUGGGUACGGACCCCUAACAACAAGUGACAUUCUACGUAGUGUUGCAGAUUUCUAAAAGCUCUAAAUAAUCACUCUCAGCUUACGUUCGACAGACUAUAUAAUAAUUAUGUAAAUUCGGCUAUUGUGACUUUAAAAGUAUGAAAUGUCAAUACGUCGGUGGCAGCAAUUUAACCUUGCAUUUUAUUUAUUAGUGUUUUGUUUUAGUUGAGUCUGGAUAAGUUUUAAUCCUCAUAGUAUAUUUCUAUGAAACAAAGCGAACAAUAUGAAUAUUCCAUUGCUACGUCAACUUUUCGUGGUGAGUUCGUCGUUACUCGCAGCCAUCUCCACAGGAGGUGUUCUGGGUUUGCCCAGCGUUUUGGUGCAGCAGUUGAAAUCGAAUGACAGUCUGAUACAAGUUGAUCUGGACACAGAAUCAUGGAUCGCCUCUGUUCACGGGUUUGCCGGUGCUCCGAGCAUUUUCAUCCCAUACCUGAUGCAGCGUUGGGGCAGGCGGCUGGGAUUCCGGGUAUGCUGCCUCUCCGUGCUGAUCGGCUGGAUCAUGUGCUGUUUCGCCAACAGCUCCCUUACUAUAAUCAUCGCUGAAAUCUUCCAAGGCGCUGGCGUCAAGAGCUUGCUCUUAGUCUGCAUGAUGAUUAUCAGCGAAAUGGUUGAACCAAGGAUCAGAAAUCAAUCUAUAGUUCUGUACGGCGUCUUUCAAACGUUUCUCGUUCUAUUCGUUCAUACAAUAGGAAACUUCAUUCACUGGAAAACAAUAAGCCUAAUUAUGUGCUUCCCGCUCGCAUUGAGCAUUAUUUUCAGUUUUAUUUGGCCCGAGUCGCCGGCCUGGCUGGCUUAUAGAGGUAGGUUUGAGGAGAGUAGAAAAUCCUUUACAUGGCUACGGGGCAAAAAUAAAGAGUCGCUUGAAGAGAUGAAUGCUCUCUUUAAUGCUCAAAGGGAGUUUUUGCGCGCCGAAAUGACCACCAAAACAGCAAAGCGCAGUACGCCACUAAUGAAGAGCGUAUGGCGAAAAAUAACCACUCGAGAUUUUUACAUACCAAUCUUUCAUGUUUUUGUAUUACUAACUUCUUAUUACUGGAGUGGAAACUUGUUAAUAGUCGUAUACGCGAUCAAUAUAGUUGGUAAAGUUAUAGAAAAUAGUGAGUCUGCUUUCAUUGGCAUGAUUGUUAUAGAUAUAGCUUUCAUAAUCGGUAAUUUAAGUUGUCCGAUUUUACUCAAAUAUUUUGGCAACAAACCUAUACUUUUAACAGGCGGUGCGUUCUCUGUACUAUUUUUAUUAGGGCUAUCUACUGUUUUAUACUUACAAGAAAUAGGUACAAUCGCUGCCGACUCAAUGCUUUGUUUAUAUCUUUUAGUGGGAUUCAUGGUGUUUUCUUCUACAGCACUCUAUAUGAUUCCCUUUGGAGUAGCCACAGAAAUUAUACCCUUACGACACCGGGGGGUGGCAGGAUCAAUUUAUAUUGCAUUAAUGAGCAUAUUCUACACUAGUUCUCUUAAAAUAGUACCAUUGCUGAUCAUGCAUUUAGGAAUAUACGGGAUAUUUUUACUUUAUGCGAUAAUUUUAAUAUUCUGUCUGGCAUGGAUUUGGAAAUACAUACCGGAAACUAGAAACAAAACAUUGCAAAGCAUAGAGGAACAUUUUGUUAGAAACUCUAAAGAUCCAGAUAUAGCAAUAGGUGAAGAAAUUGACGAAAACUUUCUUUAAGGAUUUUGGUGUUUUUUAUAAUAAAAUACUGAUCUAACGCGUUUUUUUCAGACUAUCUACCUAAAAAAGGAGUAUAAUAUUUUCAGAAUUCCAAUAGAUGUAAUGUAUGUGAGUUUCUUUGUUUCACUAUAACUUCUAAACGCCAGAACUUUGGAUGUGUGGGGUAUCGUUAGAAGG